UAAGCUCUACAAAGAUUACUUGCAAGAUCCCAAAUCAGCUCCGGAGCCGCCCUCUCCGAUUUAAGGGACAUGCAUUUGUUAUGACUGAUGACAUUCUUCCGAGCUUGGAAGAUCAGGGAGUGCAUCAACUGUAUCCAAAAGGCCCAAACAUUGAUUUUAAGAAGGAACUGAGGUCACUUAACAGAGAAUUGCAGCUGCACAUUUUGGAGCUGGCUGAUAUUCUUGUAGAGAGACCAUCACAGUACGCGAGGAGAGUGGAAGAUAUAUCUCUUAUCUUCAAGAACUUGCAUCAUCUUCUCAACUCAUUGCGUCCCCAUCAAGCUAGGGCAACGUUAAUUCACAUUCUAGAACUUCAGAUACAACGUCGUAAACAAGCUGUGGAGGAUAUAAAGAGCUAUGCUUUCAACAAUUACUGA